AUGGAACACCAUAGUGCUUGGUGUGCUGGAGCCCACCAAGAUAAGUUGAGUGAUCCUGGCAUGCAGAGUGAUGCUGCUGCUGUGUUUGCACUCAACAGCAAAAACAUCCUUAAUGGGAGACUUCCUCAGAAUGGACAUCAUCCAGGAAACAAAAUAAACAUCACCACAAACCCUUUGGCAGACUCAGAUGAAGAUAAAAACCAGAAUGUAGUUGAGAUGUCAAGUCAAAAUAACAACCAGUCGUCAAGCUCUGGUAGUGGUAGUGGUAGUGGUAGUGGCAGUGGUGCUGGACGGAGUUCGACUGCAAGCGACGCAGAAGUGGACUCUCAUGUGGACGGUGAUAUGCCUCCAGCGGAGGUGAGGAAUUGGCGAGGACCAUCCUCUGCUGGAACUGCAAGUGAAAAGUAUGUGUGAUGUCUGCAACAGCUUUGUGCUUUUGUAGGCAUGUUUAAUACGCUUGGAAAUUUCAUUGAACCAGUAACAAUCGUGUACCUGCUUUGGUUAUGAAGAGAAUUAUGCAUACUCAAUAAUUUGAGUAUUAUCCUGUAGUGAGUUGAAUCUUACACAAAAGACUCUCAGAUGAGCUUGUGAGUGCAUAAGAUUGGAACAAUCGUAACUGAUACCUUGCCAAUAUGAAAGUCUUCUUUCAUUGAAUGAAUAAUUUGAGCUUUUCAGAUCUACUGACUAAUUUAGAUACUGUGAGUUUUUAUUUACUUAUGAAGACAAGUCUCUUUUUGUUCUUACUCUUGUUAUGUGAAUGGUGCUCUUCUUUUUCUUUCUUCAGGAAAAUUCAUAAAUGUGGCAUAUGGGAAUGACGUGUUGAUAUUUGCUGUAUAUGCAGCAAAUAUAUCUUUUGUAAGGGUCCACAUAGUUAAAGUAACUGUGUACAAUGAAGAAAAUUGCUGCUAAGAUUCACAGUAAAAGUUUAUCUUUAAAUAAGUAUUAUAAAACUGUAUGAAUUGCCAUCUUAAUAACAGCGAGUUGUCUCCCAGUGGAGUCAUGAAGAUUGAAAUUUCCAUUUUAUUUAAAAAGCAAUUAAAUAAAAUGCAAGUCUUAAAGGAUUUGAGAAAUAAGUAUCUCAACUAUGUGUUCAUUAUGUCGCAUGACACUCUUUCUAGUAUGCUUUAAUGAUAUACAAAUCUUGUCCACUAGGUUUAUAAGGAAUAUAAAUUAUGUGUGGAUAGAGAAGAUAUAACAUUGUCAAACUGUCAGCUGAAUGAUGACUUAUUCAGUAUCCUCCUCAGAAUGCAAUUAAUAUGACAAUAUAUUUCUUUAUUUCUUCUUUCAAGAAGUUUUAAAACUAUUGGAAUUUGUAUAUGCAUAUUCUAAUAGUGUUAUUUUCUCAACAGCAUUACUUAUGACUCCUAACACUUAGGGUAUUAGAAUCCUUUAUAAUAAGUCUAAGCUGAAACACAACAGGAAUUUAGUCAUUUUAUUUUACUCUAAAUAUUUUAAUAUCACAGCUGUGUACAGAUAUUUUUUAGCUUUUUGUAUGUGUUAUUUAUGAUCACAAUUGUCUCUGUUCCUAUGAGGAAGUGAAGAUAGAAGUAGAUCUAUGAAUCUACUUCUUAUUCAGCAGGAUUUUCUACAAUGUUUUUACUCAAUAAGAAAUGUGGUAGACACUAGGCAACUUUAAAAAUAUUUAUAUAUUUUAAAUACAAAAAUAUUUUUGAAACCUUGUCUGGAAUUGCUAUGGCUAAAAACUCAUGAGUUCUGUUGUUUCGCAAUUAGUAUGUCCUUCAGAAUUUCUUGAACAGUACUCGGAAAUGGUUUUCAAAUUGACAAAUGACAACUUCAUCACACAUUUUUAAAGAUGUUACACCAUUAAUUUCAUUAAAUAUUUUUGUACACUGUCAGACUAUCUAUUUUUAAUGACAUAAAAGACAAUCAAUUAAUAUUAAAUGCAAUUUAUUGCAAACAUUAAGGUAAGGAUGAGACGCACAAAAGUUACUCAUUUGACAUUAACCAUACAAAUAAAUGUAAUAUUUAAGAUGUGAUUGGGAGAAGAAAAAUCUCUCAUCUAAAGGGUUCAUGAUAACCUAGUUUGAGUAUUAAUAAAAAUAAUGCAGACAAGUAAUAUUUUACUUUAAAUAUACAUCAAGAAUUUUGGAUAAAUUGAGAAAUGUUUAAUAACCAGAAAAUGAGAUAUUACUACUAGAUAACUGGGAAAUUAAGCUUGGAAGAAAAAUUAUUUCAAUCAUUAUUGAGGUAUAUUUCAGUUUUUAUGGAUGACCAAACUAGUUGUUUUUAUCAAUAAGUAAUUAUUUUGCUAUUGAUUUAUUAGAUCUUUUUUUGUCAUUCUGUUCAAUUUAAUUUUCUUAUUAGAUAUGAAAUUUAUGUUUUAAAACACUGGAAUUUAAAACAGUAUUUUUCAGAUAAUUCUGGUAAAUAAUUUGUCACUUCUUUGCAUCUUUGCAUGCAAAUUUGAUGCAUCUUUGAUGUCAGGUGCACCCCGAGAAAACAAGGGGCCUGGGGCAGUAAAUCUAUGGGACUCCCUUAUUUCCAACAAAAGUUCCCCUAAUUUAUUUAUAUUAAUCAUUAAUAUAUUUUCAAGUGAAUCAUUUUUCAGCUACAGUUAAUAUUUUUUUCCUUUUCAAAAAAUGCAUGGAAGGAAAUACAUUUUGUAUAAAUUUUCAGGGCUCGGUUAAGUGAGGGGCUGGAGCAAGUUGCUCUGGACACCCCUGUUUGUCGUUGUUGGUUAAUACAUUAUUUUCUUGUAGUAGUUAGAACCACAAAGUUCCAAUUAGGUAUGGAGAUUUGCAAGGUUCUUGAUAGUGCCUUUGAUCUCAGGUUGUUAUAAAAAACUGUCAAUUUUGGCUUAUAAAUAUUUUUCUUCUUUCUGGACUCACAUACUGUGUUGCUCAUUUUCUAGUAACUGACAUUCCCAAUUUACCAACUUGAACUGUGGUUCAGAUAUCAGUUAGCAUCAUCCCAGAUUUAGAAUCAUCUUUUAAUGGAAUAUUUUAUUGCUUUCAGUUGUUUAAUUAAGAGUUAUAAAUAACAUAUGAAUGUAUUUAAAUUAAAUGUAUUUUUUUUUUCUUCUUAACUUCCUAUUUGCAUAUUGGAAGGUUAAAAAACUGAAGGAAUACAUGUGAGAAACUGAUACAGCACGUUGACUGCCUGCAAUGAGUUGUCAUAUGGUAUAUAUUUUUGAACUUUCAUUUGUGCUGUGUAUAUGUUUUUCAUAAAAUAUAUGCAAAAUUAUAUUACAUUUUUAUAAAGAGUACAAAUAGAGUUGGUUUUAUCAAUAUAUAAACUCUUGAAAUUGUGCAGUUGUGACUAUACAUGAAGCUUUUUCUGAAUAAUCAUAUGAUAGCGGUAACUACUAUCUGUGCAUAUUAUCUUAGUCAUUUUAUUAGAUGUACAAGGAGUGGGUGAUUAAAUUAUGUAAUCUGCGUUACCAUCACAUUACAUCUAUUGCUCUUUUGCCAAAGGAAAUAGUUUCUAUUACAUGCAGGGAAAAGUCUUUUGAUAUUUAAUGUCAAAAGUGCUUAUUGCUAUUUGAACUUCAAUUACUACAAUUCUUUAUUUAUGAUCCAACCACUGUGUAUAUGGUAGACAAGGGUGAGGAAUUCCAAAGCUCAGAAAAUCCGUUCGUUGGCACAACUGUUCACACAAGUUCAGCAAUUUCUUUCAUUUACAGUUGUUAUUAAGUAUGACAGGCAAAGUUUACAAAUAUAAUCUGUUAGUAUCAAUUUUUGAAAUAAAAAUUUAUGUUGGCAGUCAGCAUGCUAAAGAAGUUGCCUCAGCAGUGUACGAAUUAAAUGUAGUUCUUGCAAUUGAUAAGGUAUUUCAUUACCCUUUUUUUAUGUUACUAAUGUUUUUUAUAGAAUUUUUACAGAAUAUAAUUUUUGUAGAUAGUACAGAUAUAAUGAAAUAGAGUAACAAAUUAUGCAAUAAUAAGUAUUAGAAUAAUUGCUGAAAUAAACUGCUUGCUAGUUUCAUGUGAAUAUAUUAGUACUUCAAGUUGUUGAGAGUUGCUUACAAGGAUGGAAAAUAAUGAAAUAUCUCACAUUGAUAAUUAUACAGCGAUAUAAGAUCACAUUAUUUCAAAAUUUAAACCAAAAUGUCUCAGAGUUGAAUUUUACCUCUUCAAACACAUUUUGAAAGUCAAUAAAUCUCUCUGGAAAAUUAUAUAAUUAUUUUUCAUUUGGUAUUCAGAAGACUUUGGCUCAAAACUAGUGGAGCCAAUCUUUCACAAUUACGAAUCAUAAUUGAAGAUAAAAUAUCAUAAUCUAUUACAGAAAAAUGAUUAAAAAUUCUUGAGUAGGUUAAUAAAAUCAGUAAAGUACGAAUUCAGGUUCAAAUCUCACAAAUUUCACAUGGCAUUGGACACAAACCUACCUAUUGUUUGUUAAAAUAAGCUAUCAUACAUACUUUUGCUCUAAUUAAGAACAGACGUCAGUAAUUUUAUAUAAAAUUGUUAAUUUUAUUUAUUUUGUAAAAUUAACAUUUAUUUGUUGAAGAACAUUAAUAAUUUAAUUGAUUUCAUCCUGUGCAAAAGAAGAGGAUGGAUAAAUUCCACUCUUGCAAGGCUGGAUAUUACAUCGAUAACAUGAUAUUUUUUAAAAAAAAAUAAUCAUUUGGAUUCAUGUUAGAAAGGAUCUUGGAUAUUGCUACAAUUUUUUUACUGAUAGACUUAAGUUAAUGCUCCAACGUUUAUUAUUCAUUUAAUUUUACUCUCUCUUUCACACAUUUUUUAAAAGUCUUAUUAAUUUUCGUUGAUUGGGUAUGAGGCAUGGUCUGAGUUCAAAAUUUGACUUGCUUGUUUAUUGCAAUAUCUCUAAUAAUACCUGAAGUACUAAGUUAGGUAAGGUAAUUAGUCAUUAAAAGUUAUCUGAUAAGAUCUGAUGAACAAGAUCUUCUGAACUGUCCUGCUGAAUUGACAAUACAAUGGUUGUGCCUUAACUUAUAAUAGACUUACAAAAUAUGUAGACUGUUACUAUAAGUAUAGAAAGUUUUAAUAUGGUAUUAUAUUAUGAAUUUUCAUACUGACUGUAGAUACUGGAUAGGAAAGUUCCAAUUGUAAAUUGUUUAUGGAGGUUAUUAUCUCAUGUGCAAUUGUUCUAUAUAAUGUAGUGGAAUGAAUGGUGUGACUUGUAUGAUGCAAAUAAUGGCCUUUUAUUAUAUGAAAAUAUCUUUAAGAUUUAAUUUGAUUUGGCUGGAAACAAUUGUAAAAAUUAUAGACAUAGAUUUCUUAUUUGAAUCACAACAAAUUGUUUGUGGUACUUUCAUUGUUUUCAGUUAUUGCUCUCUGCGUUUGCUUUGGCAGCUAUUUAUUUAUCAUUCUCAAAUCUGGUUCAAAAUAAUAAAGCAAAAAGUUUGUUGUAAUUAUUGAAUUUAUCCUAGGAGGUUGAAUGAUUGUUAUAUAUUCAUAAUAAGUAUUGUGAUCAUUAGUGGCUUUCUUAUCACACUCUUUCUUUAACAAAUUGUUUCUUAGUUAAACUGACAGCUAUGCCAUUUGGCCUUGUGGUAUUAAGGCCUCAAUGAAUAUAAUUAUGGAGAAUUUUCUUUUCUGCCAGGUUUGUAAAACUGCAAGAAGAAAAUUCUUUUGCAAAUACAAAAGAGAAAGCUCUUGCCAUAGAAUUAGAUACGUAGUACUAUAACCAUCACAACGAAUCUUUUAAUUCACUUUGCCUUUCUUCAAAAAUAAUUAUACUUCACUAUAUUAAGAGCUCCUGUAUCAUAACUUUUUGAAAGAGAAAAAGAAUACACGAAAUUCUGAAAGUCUGCUUUCUGAGCUUUAUUUAUUAUAAUGUGAAGACAUUUUUUUGUAACAGUUUUUCUAUGCAUCUCUUGCCAGAAUUGACUUAUUCAAGCUGCAUUUCCAGUAUUACUUUGAAAAUUUAAAACCUAAUUAACAACUUUCUUUUCUUCACAAUUUCAGGAAAGGUCCACAAUUUUCCCACAAUUAUGAGUGUUUGUACUUUUUUAUGUUCUUUAAAAAAUGCAGCAAGAAGUUCUGGCAUGGUUGAAUAAUGUGAGCUAGAAGUAGAAAUGUGUAUGAAUAACAGUAUUUUGUUGUUCAUGCAUGUAUGUAUGUAUUUAACUUGCAACAUUCCUUUUUACUUGACAUGUGGUGCCUUUCUGCAUGUUAUUCACAAAUGCAGAGUAGUGUCAAGUAUUAGUUUUGUACAUUUUAACAUUGUAGUGUAACAAUGAAACUAAUGAGAAAAUAAAUUUUAUAUAAACA